AUGGUGUUCGAGCCCGGCUCCUAUAGAGCAUGGGACGUGGGCCUGGUGCCACAGUCAUACCAAUACUCCCAAGACACAAUCCACUAUGGGAUGGCUUUACAAGCAGCAGCAACUGCAAGAGAUUCAUACGUCCAACCGGCCCAGGACGCCGUCCCGGCAUUCCGCCGCUUCUCCAAUCUGUCAAUAGAAUUACGAUACAUGAUCUGGAAGCUUGCGUUACCUAGUGCCCGCGUUAUCAAAGUUACAUACGGCGUCUUCCAACAAGACCAGGAGGACGGGAGCAUUAUAGAAUUUAUUCAAGGUGUGACGGAUGCGCAAACCCCUACGCUGCUCCACGUCAACCACGAAUCAAGGCGUGUCGCAUUGAAGAAUUACAAGCUGUGUUUCGAGGAAGAAUUCAGGUAUCCUAUAUAUGUUGAUAUCCGCAGGGAUGUCAUCAUGGUAGCUUGCAUGGAGGCUGUGGACAUUUUGUUGAAUGUGUCGCCGACAAAUAUCUUCAAGGAAGGGCAGCUGCGAAUGCUUGCGAUUGACUUCAGACGGACCAGUCGCCAGAGCCGUAGCAACUGGAGGUUCGAUCAGCGCUUCCAGUACUCCUCCUCUUUGUCUAGCGGUCCGAUUGGCUUUGCCAAGCUUGGAUGUUUUGAUGAGAUUGUUCUCGUCGAAUCUUUUCAACCACCACCAGGGGUGCCAAAUAUAGCACCGAUCGCCCCAAUGUAUAGUCAUAUUUCCGACAACGUUGGACAGUUUGCCGCACUCCUCAAUAGGCACCUGAACAAUAUCCAGCAUACAUUCAAUGUGCGUCGCAACAGAGGCCUGUCUCAGCUGGAGUUCAAGCGCCCAACUAUAACUGUGCUGACGAACGAGGAGCUGCUUGAUAGGAUGUCCUAG